AUGGGCCUUACCUCCUACCUAAACCCCUUCGGCUCCUCCUCCUCCACCGCCGAGACCAAGCGUGCCGAGGAAGUCCGCGCCGGCCUCCGCGCCCCAGACCGCACCGAGCGCAAGCGGUGCUGGGAGUCCAGGGACGCCUAUUUCGCCUGUCUCGACCGCAACGGGAUCCUCGACGCUCUCAAGGACGAGAAGGACGCUGCUCGAUCCUGCGGGACCGAGGCGGUUGGGUUUGAGAGGGAUUGUGCGCGGGAGUGGGUCACAUACUUUAAGAAGUGGCGCGUCGCAGACCACAACAAGAAGCAGCGGCUCAAACAGCUCGAGGCCCAAGGCGCACAGUCCGUGGAGAUAACAGUAGCGAACAAGAUCAUGGGAUAA